AUGUUGAGGGUAACUGCUAGCAGUGAAUUGGAUCUAGUUUGUGCUGCGAGAAGUAUCUUUAUUGUAUUUCAGGGUAAUACAGGAUUACCAGGAGAACGAGGAGAAACUGGACCUAGAGGAUUCAGAGGCGCAAGAGGCCGUGAAGGAUCUGAAGGAAUCCCCGGACCAAAGGGUGAUACUGGACAACCUGGGCCUACUGGUGCUUUGGGAGAACGUGGAAUACCGGGUGCGGAUGGCUUAAGAGGAUUUGUCGGUCCUCCAGGUGCUCCCGGAAUUAGUGGAAAAGAUGGUUUACCUGGCUUUCCGGGAGAACGAGGUCCUCCAGGUGACACGGGACCAAUAGGUGUUACUGGAAUCCCUGGAGUCGUUGGGCCACCAGGUCAAUCAGGCGAAAUAGGUUCUGUUGGAGAACCAGGGCCAUCGGGUCAACCAGGAUUACCAGGAGAAGCAGGAAGACCGGGUGACGCAGGAAAAGAAGGACUUCCAGGUCCAGUUGGUCCACCUGGAAAAUUAGGCGAGCCUGGUUCCCCAGGACUACAAGGGUUCCCAGGGGAUAGAGGAUUUCCGGGAGUACCUGGAGCAGCAGGACUAAAAGGUGACACUGGACCUCCAGGUCCUCUUGGAUCAACUGGAGAUAAAGGACAACAAGGCGAAUCUGGCAAAGAAGGACCACAGGGUGCAGAAGGACGCAAAGGACCUACAGGUACACCAGGUGCAGUUGGUUUAAAAGGAGAUAAGGGUGAAAUAGGUCUUACUGGACCAAUGGGAAACGACGGAAUUGCGGGAGCACGAGGCGUUCCAGGACCACCAGGGCCCGUUGGACCACCAGGAGAAGACGGAGAUAAAGGUGAAAUCGGCGUUCCCGGAGAAAAAGGAUUCAAAGGUUCAAAGGGAGAAAUGGGUCCAGUCGGAGCAUUAGGAAACCCCGGAUUAAGAGGAGAACCAGGACCAGUUGGAGUGCCAGGAGAAAAAGGUCCGAUCGGAGAAAUAGGGAGACAAGGAGCUAAAGGAGAAGAAGGUUCUAUAGGAAUUACAGGACCACCUGGACCGCCGGGGACACAAGGUAUUCCAGGACUUAUCGGUCCAAAAGGCGAGCUCGGAGACGUUGGUGCCAAAGGUCCCGUCGGUCAACCUGGAGCACCUGGUGAAAUUGGCCCAAGAGGAUUUAAAGGUGUCGAUGGACAGUAUGGUCCAGCGGGUGCAGACGGCCCGACCGGCUCUAAAGGAGAACCAGGAGUAGUUGGACCACCAGGCCCACAAGGUCUCGAUGGCAAACACGGCGAGCGUGGACCAAUGGGCGCAAGAGGAGAUGACGGAAAAAUCGGAUUGCAAGGACCAAUAGGACUAAGAGGUAACAUUGGGCCAGAAGGACCAAAAGGGAAUGCAGGUGUUCCAGGAUUUCCAGGAACUCAAGGCGAACCUGGCAUUCAAGGUCCAAAAGGUGACAGUGGUCGAGACGGUGACGAUGGGAAAAUAGGUGCUCCAGGACCUCCAGGUGAAAUUGGUCCACUCGGUAAUCCAGGUAUCGUGGGUCCUCCAGGACGAACUGGAAACGAAGGUCCACCAGGAUCUCAAGGAAGUUCAGGACUACCUGGAGAAAAAGGCGAUCAAGGUUUAAUAGGGGGUUCGGGUUUACCCGGACCUGUUGGGAUAUCAGGCAUUCCGGGUGCACAAGGACCUCAAGGACCAAUAGGUUCACCUGGUUUAGCGGGUGAAGUUGGUUUACCAGGAAGAUCAGGAAAAGACGGAGAACCAGGAAAAAUUGGUGAAAUUGGGCCUUCAGGAGAAAAAGGAGAAAGAGGAAAACGUGGACCAAAAGGGCAUCCUGGAGAUAUAGGUCCAAUGGGUAUCAAAGGCCAUGAAGGCGAGAAAGGUGAUAAGUGUGAACGAGGAGAUCGAGGAUCUGAAGGUCAAAAAGGAGAAAUGGGUCCCAUUGGAUUAAUAGGAACUAAAGGCAAUGAUGGUCCUGUUGGAGUUCCAGGUGUUGAAGGUUUGCCAGGUCCCAAGGGAAUCGAAGGAGUAGCUGGAAACAAGGGCGAACAAGGAUCACCAGGACCUCCAGGUCCUCCGGGACCACCGGGUGAAUUACCACUAUUACCACCUGAAUUGGCAGGAUUUCAGCAAAACUCUUUGGCCCGAUGGAGGCGAGAAUUCAAUGACAUUAAUACCGAAGACAGUGCAAAAACAAAAACGGGUAGUUCGGAACCAAGUGACAAUAACGAUGGCCCUAAAUACAUAGACAUUGUUAGUUCAAUUUACAGUAUGAGACAAGACUUGGAACGAAUAAGAAAGCCCGUCGGAACCCGUGAAAACCCUGUCAUGACGUGCAAAGAUUUGUUUUACGGGCAUCCACAGUUUAAAGAUGGAUGGUACUGGAUUGACCCGAACUUGGGUAUGCCAUACGACGCCGUGUACGUGUACUGUAACAUGAGUAGCGGCGGAGAAACGUGCGUAUUUCCAGAUAUACACUCAAGUCAAAUGCCGAACAUCCCGUGGCGAAAGGAAGGCGACAAGACGGACUGGUAUUCAAAUCUCAGGGGCGGUUUCAAAAUUACUUACGAAACUGUGGGACCAGUGCAAAUGAACUUCCUACGAUUACUCAGCCAAAAUGGAUAUCAAAACUUCACGUACACGUGCAUCAAUAGUGUCGCGUGGUUCAAUGCGAAGUCCAACUCAUACGACAUGGCAGUCAAGUUUAUGGGAGAGAAUUCUAUACAAUUUUCGUCUGAACCGGGAUCGCCCAAAGUGGACGUGUUGGUCGACGGCUGCAAAACAAGAAAAUCUAAAAGCGAAACCGUAUUUGAAAUCCGUACCAACAAGUUGGGCAGUCUGCCGCUGACAGAUUUCUAUCCCAUCGACUAUGGGUUGCCACAACAAGCGUUCGGUUUCGAAGUGGGACCCAUGUGCUUCAAAUGACACGCUCAUUCGUCGUCGUUUUAUGUGUUUAAAACUAUAAUGAUUAUUUUUUUUUUAUGAUUUUAUGUUUAACUAUUUUUAUUACUUUUAUUGUAUAUUAGUGUGAUUGUAACCAUAACUUUACAAUCCCUUAUCGUAUAUAUUUUAUAUACUUUUUGCAACAUAUUAAACAAAUCCAUAAUUUACGAUUUCCGUCUUGGUACAUUAAUAAAUUAACUCAACGAUCGAUGCAUAUCAUAAUAGAGUAUAGACGUUUUAUUAUAGCCAACACUUGGGAGUAAAAGUCAUUGUGAACUUUAGAGUUUCGAAUUGCGAUUCGUUUUGUUGACACAUUUUUGUGUUUUAUAAUAACUCCGUGUAUACAAAACUGGAAAACAAAACGCAAUAGACAAUGUGAGUGAAAAAACUACAAUAACAAUGUUUUAUGUCAUAUAUAUAUUAUGCUAAGUAAUGAAAAUAAAAUAAUUUAUACAAAAUUAAA